AUGCCAUCAUAUAAAACACAGUACAGUGGUUACUCUGUCGAGUUUUCUCCAUUCGAAGAUGAUAAAUUGGGUGUUGCUACAAGUCAACAUUUUGGAAUUGCCGGACAAGGUAGACAAUAUGUUUUACAAAAUGAUCGUGAUUCGCAAACUAUGAAAAAAUUACAUACUUUUGAUAGUGCUGAUGGAUUGUAUGAUUGUACUUGGAAUGAAGAAAAUGAAAAUCAAAUUAUUAGUUGUUCGGGAGAUGGAAGUAUAAAAGUUUUUGAUACCACAACUGCUUCGGGAGGUGAGGGAGCUCCUGUGAUGAAUUUUGCUGAACAUUCUAAGGAAGUUUACUCUGUAGAUUAUAAUACUGUGAAUAAGGAUUGUUUUGUUAGUGGUUCUUGGGAUAAUACUAUCAAGUUGUGGAAUUUGAGUGGUGGUAAUGGUAGUUCAAUGGAAACUUUUGAUGAACAUCGUUAUUGUGUAUAUUCUACAAUUUUUUCUCCGAUUAAUGGUGAUCACUUUAUGAGUUGCAGUGGUGAUAUGACCAUGAAAAUUUGGGAUAUUCAUGAUAUUUCUAGUUUACAAUCAGCUCAAGUUCACAAUUAUGAAGUUUUGGCAUGUGAUUGGAAUAAGUUUAAUGAACAUAUUGUUUGUACAGGAUCAGUAGAUAAAACCAUCAAAGUAUGGGAUUUGAGAAAUUUAAAUCAGCAUAGAUCAGGAGCUAUCAUGGGUAGUGGAUCAUCUUCAAAUCAAGAUUCAUCAAUUUGUACUUUAACUGGACAUGGAUUUGCUAUUAGACGUCUCAAAUUCUCACCACACGAUGAAAAUAUAAUUGGUAGUGUAAGCUAUGACAUGUCAUUGUGUAUUUGGGAUACUGAACAGGGAAGUGAUAAUGCACUGUUGGAAAAAUACGAACACCACUCUGAAUUUGUUGUUGGUAUUGAUUUUAACUUGGAAAUGGAGGAUGAAAUUGCUAGUUGCAGUUGGGAUGAAACUGUCUAUGUUUGGAUGAGAGGAGAAGAACCAGGCAACCAAUUUUUCAGAAUUGCUAUUACUUGUUGGUUUGAGGUAUCAAAGAUACCACUCGAAACAUAA